CGUUAGCGAUCCGACCCGGAUCAGAAAAAUAGUUAGUCUCUGCUCGCUUAGGGAGUCGAUCCGACGAGGGCCGUUUCGUUUUCUUCCAGAAAAUCUGUGGCGGAAGCUUUCACUGAAUUAAUAUAAUUGACAUACUGUAGGUUAAAUAGAAGAGAUCACUGUAAAAUACAUCACUCCAUGAGCUGUAGUUUAUAUAAUCUGAAAUUCGAUUAAUUUCCCUGUUAUCUACGGUAUACAGAGCAGUGUGCAAAUUUAUUCCAACACAUGUUUCUGUUUUGAUUUGUUGGGCAUAUGAAAUCAAACCACUAACUGAAAAAUGUCAAAAUAGCUAAAUUAGUGAAAUGCAUGAGACUUUUUAGAAGUUGUUUUAACAUGCCUAAUGAAAUGCAUAUUGUUUCUUUAUCACUGACUGCUGACUGAAAAUUGUCGAAGGUUUUCAUGCAGUGAAUGUGCACACGUUGGACAGAGCUCCUCCAGAGAGCAGGGUGGCCAAAAUAAUCAAGGGAGAUCCUGACUGCGCCGAUCUACAAGCCCAUUACAAGAAGCCGGGAUCAUCCUAUGAGCUGAAAUACUCCGGGAAAAACAUUGUGAACGACCAUGGGGCCUUCAUUUUCAUGGAAAGCUAUGAACAAGCAGAAAACAUUGCUAUCUCACUUACAAGUGCUGUAGUCCUGGAGCUCCCAGUCAAAACUCCAGCCAACCCCAGAACCGCUAGUACGGAAACCAGUGCUCUUAUGAUGCAAGUCUGUUCCAGUGAUUCACCUGAGCAAUUAGGUCAAGGAGUGUUUUGUUCUGAGUCAGGCAGUCUGGAAGGCUUCCAAGAACCUUGCAUUGACCUUGAAGGCAAGUCUGACCUUGUGAGUCCAAUCCAAGAGACAACGCCUCUAGAUAGUCUCCUACACGAUGCACCUCCAGGAGCUAAAGCCUUGAGCCAGGAGUCUGGAUGCAAUAUCUGCGCUCCCAUUCAAGAAAACACCCACAUGGCUGGACCUCCAUCUGAAGGGCUUUCCUCCCCUCCUGCUGGUACUGGAGACCUUCUGGAUUCUAGAAGCAGAGCUGAUGUUGACCAACUUGAAUAUCCCGAUUGCAAUCGUUCCUGCGCAGGUACCUCUCCCAAAACUCCUCCUCAUCCCGUAGUGGCCCAGACCUGGUCCCACACAUUCAGUGAACCAGAUUCUGCAAUUUGGGAAAUCCAGGCAGGGAGCCAAGGAAGCAAUCCGGAGAUGCCAGAGUGCAACAAGGAAGCGCUGGGUUCCUGCUUUCCUUCCGAGAGCAGUUUACAGGCUGACAGACAUUCAGUUCAAGACAAAGGCAACUUGUCUGCCUCUAGUGUCCGUGAAAGCCAGCCUAUGAUGACCAACAAUUCCCUUCGCAAUGAUACCGUUUCAGAUGCCUGCCAAGAAGAUGUUAGCGUCUGCCCCUCCAGUGUCCCACAUCUUACUGCUUCUCCUCCUGUGGCAGCAUUGAUGAACCAACCCUCAUUUCCAAUUGAGAAAACCAUAGCUGGAGAAAAAAGUAGGGACGAAAGACCAAAGGCGGAUGUUUCUGAAAACGUGGCUUACACCGCAGAAGAAUCUGCUGACCUUUCAACUCCUGCUGACCUGAACCUUCUUGUGGUUGAUGCCGCAGAUAAUCAGGCCGUCACUCCUCUCCACUCGGAUAGCCCAAACAAGGAACCGUCAAAGAAGCCAUCGAUUCCCUUGAUUAACAGAGUGGGCCCCCAUAACUCUGUGAGUGUGAAGAAGUCCAAGCCUACAGUUAAAAAGAUGACAAAAGCCAUGUUAAUCGGGUUGGUAUUUUUGGGCAGCAUCGUUCCUGUGGUAUCGGUGGAUGCCUGUAUUGGACAGCAUGCUUCCCUCCCUUUCCCUUACAAAGUUAAUGGCUUGACCAGUGUGAGUCACAAGACGAAAGACCUCUGCCACCACAAUGUUAACUAUGUACCGGCUGGCUCCUGUGUUUCCUGUUCUGAUCUGCAGCUGUGCUUCAAUACAUCUCUCUACCCUACUCUGCACUUCCCAUCUGUAUCAGAAAGACACCGAGGCAGAUACACAGUCUCCUGGGAAGUGAUAAAUUUAGCACAUGGGCUUUCUGACAGACAGGACCUCAAAGUUAAGGAAUGUGUGACUGUGUCUGUGCCAGACCAGUUUCCAGGUCAGAAUGCCACCCUGAAGCCAGAAGAUCAAGAACAAGUUGGAGGGAAACAAAACAGAACACGCACCAUCUCCAUUAACAUUGCUGUUGGUGUUGGCAUUGGCUGUGCUGCAGGUCUGGCUGUCCUUGCAGGUCUAGCUGUGGUUGUACAAUGCCACCCAAAAAAGAACAUGGAUGAGCCGCAGGAAACUCGCAAUGGAUUUCUGGAUCCUAACCAGGGAGCCAGUCCUGGAGACGAGGAAGCAGGGAAUGGGCCGUGCCAGGACAAUGAAACCCAGUUUUAGCUGUUUGCUCAUUUUUUUUCUAUGUCGCAUGCUUUUAUGCUUCCCAUAUCAUGCUUUUUAAACAUGUAAUACUACUAUAAUUAGUAGUAAAAUAAAAUUCCUCAUAAUAAUCGUGAUAAAGAAUGACAGAGCCUCACCUUACAAGGGCUGUUGCAGAACACCAUGGAAAAGAAACCUGAAACUCAUCCACUGCCCUGCAGGCUCCUGAUUGCUGUGCUGUACUGUAUGUAGCUCAAAUAAAACACCUUUCCUGUG